AUGUCGGCUCCGAGAUCACCCUACCGCCAGAGCUACAGGUCGUCCACCGACGGACGAUCGCGGCGACGGGAGUCUAACCACCCCAUCAUCCCACCCGAGAAGGCACGCACUUCGACCUACUCCGCCCGUGAAGAGCUACCGAGUCAUAAUGGACACCUACACCGGAAAGCUCCGCCAGGUAGCACAGUCAGAGUCAAGCCGUCCGGCGAAAGUGGCCGCAAAGGCUUCCAUCCUAUCAAAUUCCUCAAGAUCUCCUGGAAAUCAUCAAGUCGGGCUUCUCGUCUCUGCAACCUUCUCUGGCCUUUCGUUCCUGCUGCAUUUGCCGUUCGAUACACUCGACCGAGGGACCAUGUCCUCAUGUUUAUACUCGCUUACAUCGCCAUGAUUCCCUGUGCCAACAUGGUUGGAUUCGCUGGCCAGGAGCUUUCCCGCAAAGUCAACCACGUAUUCGGCGUGCUGAUCGAGACAACCUUUGGAUCUAUCGUCGAAAUCAUCCUCUUCAUGACACUUCUCGCUGAGGACCAGUUUACCGUGAUUAAGGCUGCCAUCCUCGGAUCCAUCUUGGCAACUAUGCUUCUAUGUCUGGGACUAUGCUUUAUUGCUGGUGGUAUCCGACGAGACGAAGCCGAGUUUAGUGAGGUGGUCAGUGAGGCUGGCAGCGGCUUGCUGCUCACAGCAGGUGCUGCCCUUGCCAUUCCGACGCUUUUCGCCAAAUCGCUCGAAAGCCAGCUCACCGCCGAAGAACUGGGCAGCAAGACACGCCACAUCUCACGCAUUGUAUCCUGUCUUCUCGUUAUCGCCUACACGGUCUAUGUGUACUUCCAAGCACGGACUCAUCACGGAAUUUACGACGCCAUCUUCGAGCACGACGAGCAGCGAGAUCACGACAAGCGCAAGGACAUGAACAAGCCCAAGUUAACCUUGACCGAGUGCCUCAUCGCUCUCGUCAUUUCAAUGACACUCGUCACCUUCAUGGCCAUCUACCUCGUCGAGCAGAUCGCUCCCAUUGUCGAACGACACAGCAUCUCGGACCCCUUUAUGGGUCUGAUCCUCGUCCCCCUUGUCGAAAAGAUGGCGGAGCACCUGACGGCCGUUGACGAGGCGUGGGACAAUCAGAUGAACUUUGCCCUCUCCCAUGUCCUGGGUGCCACGCUGCAGACGGCCUUGUUUAACGCGCCGCUCGUCACCAUCGUCGCCUGGGGCCUGCAUAAGCACAUGGACCUCGUCUUCGAGGUCUUUGAUAUUGGAAUGCUCAUUCUGGCUAUCUUGACCGUCGGUAACUUCUUACGAGACCAGAAGAGCAACUACCUCGAGGGAUUCUUGAGCGUGACCAUCUACGUCGCUAUUGCUGUGGCAGCCUUUUACUACCCCAACCCGACUGGUCACGGUGAUGCUGCGGAGGGAGGUGGUGCCGAGACUGUCCACUGA